AUGGAGAAUGCUGAACAAACUGUUGGGGGGUCCUCUAUCUUUAUUUUUCUUUCUUUUCAGGCCACAGUUGCUGCUUUUGCAGCUAGUGAAGGUCAUGCCCAUCCACGAGUAGUUGAACUUCCUAAAACUGAUGAAGGACUUGGGUUUAAUAUUAUGGGAGGAAAAGAGCAAAACUCUCCUAUUUACAUCUCACGCAUCAUUCCUGGUGGUGUGGCUGACCGUCAUGGAGGGCUGAAACGUGGAGAUCAGCUCCUGUCUGUCAAUGGAGUGAGUGUGGAAGGAGAACAACAUGAGAAAGCAGUGGAGCUUCUAAAGGCAGCACAAGGGACAGUAAAGCUGGUUGUGCGCUACACCCCAAAAGUGCUGGAGGAGAUGGAAGCCAGGUUUGAGAAAAUGAGGACAGCCCGACGUCGGCAGCAGCAAAACAGCUACACGUAA